AUGGAUGUACCAUUGGAACAAAUGAGUAAGAUGUCAAUAUCUCCUCACUACUGGGGGAUACAUACGUCUCUGUACAGCUCAUUGCCCCUGGAGGCCGUUAAACAGCUCGAGCGUGCCAUCUGGUUCAAAAUUUCAGGGCUCACAAACGAAGCCAGAGCAAUAUUUGACAAUGAGCUCAAGUCUUUUGCAGCAGUUCCGGUUGUCGCCAUUGAGCACGCUGACCUCGAGUUGGAGGCGGGCAAAUGGGGUCGGGCAUGGCGCAUCCUAAACUCAAAGCUUUUACAGCUGCGAGAGGCCAAAGAAGGCCUCGAAUCACCUGAACAUCGACUCAUGCUUUUGACGUGGGCCAUGCUCGGGACGAGACAUCAAGGUGAUGUGACGUCGUCAGCUAUAGAGAUUGAAAGGACACAGCAUUGGCUUGCUGGAGUACCUGUAGCGGAUUAUACUGACAUUCAGGCAGGCUGCAUACGCCGAUAUGUCAUCGCGAGCCUGUUCACCAGGCUCUGUUCGGGAUAUAAUAACCCAGAGGCAGAGCACAUCCCGUUACAUGACAGGACAGACGCUUCAGGUGAAAAGAUGCCUUGGGGUGGGUUGCAACUACUGCGGCGCUCUCUGACGCAGCGAGGCAUGUUCAACGAGGCCAAUGCCUUGUUCCGCGUGGAGCUGAAUCGUACGCCACCAGAAGACCGAGGCCCUGUGGUCAACGAGUUUCUGGAGGCUGUAGCAAGCAUCCCUCUGAGUCGGGGUCGGGACUAUAUCGAGGCGGUGGUUCGCCUUCAGUGGGCGACCACACAUAUUCAGCUACAAGUGCAAGAAAGCGCCGCUGAGGAAUUCGACAAAUCUGCGGCGGCUUUCCAGAGGUUCUGCGGUGACUUUGGUAUCAGAAACAAGGAGGCCACACCGCAUAUGCAAGCAAUGGCGUACGAGAGGCUGUCAUGCAUCGACGACCCUAUCGACAAAUUAGAGCGAACAGAGGAGCUGGCCGCUCAUAUGGAGGCUGUUGACGGCACGAAGACUGGCUAUUGCUUAGCGGCUGCUGCAGAUCUGUCCAGGAAAUAUUACCAGGUCACUGGAAUGGAAUUGUUCAGAACCACGUAUUUCGAUGUGCAGAAGCGCCUCGAUACGUAUGACCAGACGGUAUCGGAGGACAUUUGCGAUCUGGUGCACCAUCAUGUUGACCUCAUCUCCGUUGCCCUCGCAAGCCUGAUUGAUCGCGACAAGGCUCUCGACUGGGUUGAUGCCUUCUUUAAGGAGUAUCAGCAUUUCGACGCCCCAGUGGUACGGGCGUUGCUCCGUAGGAGUCAGGCAUCACUCUUGCGAAGUCUUCGUCGACUGGAUGAGGCUGGCAGGGUGGACGAGGAGGCCAUUCGAUUGGAGACAUCCUCGCCAUCGGUAGGAAAUUGGAUGCAUACGAGACAGGGUUACCGCGCUCCAACGAGAAGGAGCACCACUUCUUCUGUACAGCCAGAUCCCCAGAAUCAGGUUCAGGACGAUGAUGGGGAGGAGACAUUCUAUUGGGGCUGGAGCGAUGCCAUUGGAGACCAGGCAAAAAUGCAAGAAAUGUCCAUUCAGCUGGUACUGAAGUGGCUGCUUGAAGACAUCACCGCUGGGAACUCUGCCCUUGAAGAGUUCAGAGAGAUGACAGAAGCCGCAUUGAAAGCUAUUGUCUUACCCAAAGCCGUCGAUAUCAAUGAGCUCGCAGAAGAACGGUACAUGCGUCUCUGUGCAUGGCUCGGUAAACCCCCUGUGCAUCAAAAGAACCGUCGACUGUUCUGUUUGGUCAUGCUUAAGUUCGGGAGGCAGAUGCACUUUUCUGGUCUUAAGCUCUGGGAUCUACGCCUCUCUGAGCUCCAGAGUCUACUCGAGCUCGAAGAAAGCCUCCCCCAGAUCAUCCGGGACAAGUUUCCAGGUAGCAAGGGCAGUUGGCUAGGCCAAAUGGCACUCACAUACAUGGCACCGCUAGAUUACUCGGCGGAUUUCACCAGCGCUGAAUCGGGAGAACGAUUAUCAAAUGCUCAAGCAUACAACGACCGUGCUCUGGCUGAGUAUCGUCGAAACAAAGACCUAGCUCAGGUUGCUCUUCACCAGCGAUCUGGAGCGCAAAUUUGCAUGUUCAUGAUCAGACGAAUAAGGCAAUUGGAGCAGCAAGCAGCGAGCUCCAGCAGUACCAGAGGUGGAAUAGUAGAUAAUGGGCCCAAAAAAGCAGAGAACGAUAGUGCUUUUCUCUCGGUCUUUGCCGAGGCAGAAGUCCACGACAUCCGCAACAGGGGAAUCAGUCAGGCCGAAGAGGCCGAUGAAAUAUUUUCGUUGAGCGAGCUUCAUGCCUCCUCAAGUUCAGGUCUAGAAGGCAUCACACACCGGCAGAGCAUCACCGCGUUCAAUGCCAAUGCAUUCACAAUCCUCACAGCCAUCGAAUUGCUCCUCGCAGCCCCAGGUGAGCCGUCUGAUGAGACUAUCACAAAGGUGUGGCAGUGGGUGCAGAAGUACAAAGCACGCUCACUGGCGCGGACCAUCGGGGUGCGUAUCUCUGAUCCACCCGAGCUGGUGAGUAAGAUCAAGGCGUGUCCUGACGCUGCGCGCGGUUACGAGGAGAUGCGGGCGAUGGAACAGCGUAUCAAGGAGGCUCAGGGGAUGGCCAAGUUCAAUCUGCGUCGGCAGCUGGACACGCAUCGUCGAACCAUGAGAGAGACGCACGACUUGAUGAGGCAACUCCUCGACUUGAGAGAGGCGCAGCCGUUCGACUUGUCUGAUGUGGCCAGGAUCAAAGCCCAGAGUGGUACACCUAUUGUCCUGGUUGACUGGUUCUACCUCCCUCCGUAUUUCACCGGCGACACCGGUAGACUGUUGCUGCUCACAGUUAAGGAGCGAUCCAAACGAAACUUGAAUAUAAAACCAACCAUGGAUGUGCUGACUACGAAAGUAGGAGAUGUGAUUGCUUGGCAGAAAACAUAUCUUACCCCAGAAAAGUUCGAAGACAUGCCAGAGGAGAAUCUCAACACGAAAGAGGCACGAAAAGCAUUCGACAGCAUGCUAGGUGGCCUCAUUGCGCCGCUUGCCCGCCGUGUCAAGCCCGGUGAGCUGAUUGUCCUGUGUCCAUCCUCUUCUCUCCACCGGCUUCCGCUCCAUGCACUUGCGAUCAAAGGAUAUGAGGCGCUGAUCCACCGGAAUCCCGUCGUCUAUACACACAGCCAGUCACUUCUGCGCUCAUGCUUCGCGGCCACGGAUCUGGCACGACCAUUGCCUGCGCGAAUCAACGCCAGAUUCAUAUCGGGCAUCGCGGAAUCCGAAUCCGUGUACCAUAAGGCAGGGCGAACCAGUAUCCAGACGCUGGCUCGUCGAUUCCGCACGGAUCCAAUGAUCGACCGGACCGCCUCCAAGAAGCUCUUUCUGGACGCGGCUGGUCAGUCUCGUCUGCUUCAUCUGCACACUCACUGCGGCUGGGAAUCGAAAGACCCGUUGGAUCACAAGGUCGAGCUCCCCAUGUCGUGUGCGCAACCCAAGGGGCAACGCCCGGUUGAGAGCGUCACAGCCCGAGAAUUCUUCGAUAUCCAGGUCUCUCCAGGCACACACAUUAACAUGAUAGCGUGCCAAGGUGGUGUUAUGGAUGUACAGCUUGGAGAUGAGGUCAUGGGGCUCGUCCCUGCACUAAUGUGUUCUGGGGCCAGCUCGACUGUGUCAACCUUGUGGAGAAUUCAAGACACACACGGGUCGAGGUUUGCUAAAGUGUUCUUCGAUUCGUUUCUUAAACAGAGCGCUUCCACGGAUGGCAAUACAUCAAAAGCCGGUGGCAGCCUCAUAGUGAAUCUUGCCAAAGCGAUGCAGCUAGCCGCCGAUGCGAUGGACGAGAUGAAGGAAGCGCCUCUCUAUGAAUGGGCAGGCUAUGUGCUCCACGGCUGUUGGCAAUUCCCACUUUCAGAACAGGACAUCACGUCGUUGCAAACUGGUGGUAUGUGAAGGAAACGACAGGGCCAAAUCUUGAACAAGACGAAGCUUUGGUAUAACUUCCCUAAACUCGAGAUUAGGUAAUAUUGAUGGUCUAGGAAACCGCAAGGCCAACGUUCAACAUCUUGCUAUAUGUCAAUUGUGCUGGUGGCUGCUUUUGCAAUGAGGGAAAGAGUGAGCUGUUGAACCUGUCUUUACUGAAUAAGAUCUGCUAUUUUUGCUUCUUUGAGGAAGUUAUAACCGUGCCUCAAUGAGAAUGAAAACUUCUGACCUCCAAGGUAAGCCUUGCUAGAUGACAAGAAUGAUUGGGUUGAAUGAAAAUAAAGCCAUAUUAGG